AUGCAAGACGAAGACGCAUGCCGAAUCUGUCGCUCAGGACCUGAACCCAACUCUCCCCUCUACUACCCGUGCAAAUGUACCGGUUCCAUCCGAUACUGUCAUCAAGACUGUCUUCUAGAAUGGCUUCAACAUUCGCGCAAAAAGUAUUGCGAGCUUUGCAAGCAUCCUUUCAUCUUCCACAAAAAGUAUCGCAAAGAUAUGCCCGCCGAUGGCAACCUCCCUCGAUAUCUCUACCUGCGGCGGCUACUAAUUCGAUCGGUCCAGGCUAGUCAGCUGGUAGCGAGAGGAUUGCUUCUGGCCUUCACUUGGUUAGGGCUGUUGCCAUGGAUCAAUGUCAACGUGUGGCGCUUCAUGUUCUGGGCGAUUGAUGUUGUUACUUGGAUGGGAGAGCCUCCGUUUGAGAUGGCUGCUCCGCCGCCUAAUGCCUCUGCAGGUGCGAUCGCCUCUAAUGCCUCGAAGCCAGUAGCGGAGAGAGAGGGCAACGUUGGAAGAACACGGAGUGGUGCAGGUGCAGUGGGCAAUAGUCCGAUCAACAUGGAGGCUGCAAAAAGUGCGGUGCCGGCUUUUGUGCAAAAGUUGGCGAACGACUGUUUUCAAGGUCAGGUUUUAACUUGUCAUAUCGUCCUUUUCUUCGUAGGAGCUUUCUUGCUGAGGGAGUGGAUCCUGCAGAAUAUUCCGCAGAACUUUGAUGUUGGCGCUGCUGUCCAACCGGCACCAGUACCGCUAGCUGUGGCUCAACCACGCGAUCCGAGAGAACAGAUGAUGGAGGAUCUCAAUCAUGAACGUGUACAGUUGGAGGAUUUCCUGCCGAGAGCACAGGCUGAGCAGCAGAUGGCGACACAGCAGCAGGUGCGCGGAAACCAAGAGCAAGAACCAGAGGCAGAUGAACGGCCGGAGUUGCAGUUAGAUCCGGAGAUGCAGAGGGAACAAGCUAGACAUGCGCGGAUACGGCGCUUGGAGCAGAUGCUUGCGAGUGCGGCUAGUGAAGAGCAGGCUGAUAAGACUGAGGAGGAGUUAGCUUUAGCGCCGGCAAGCGGGUGGAGUAGAGGGGAUCAUGAUAGUGCCGAGACGGUUCUUGCUGAACCCAGUGCAGAGAGGAGCAGCUCGCCAGCCCAGCAAUCUUGGUCUGCGCAAGCGAAUGUGCCAGAGACGCUUGGUUGGUCGGAACAGUCGAAUGGUAUUCAGGAUACGGACCAAGAUGACAGGCAGGCACAAGCAGAUUCUGAUGCAUCGCAUUUUGAAUUGACAGAUGCUAAGGAUACAGCAAAAAUGGAAGAAUCAAGCUCAUCUACGCCUGCAGAGCCGAGUGCAUCGACGUCCAAUGCAGUUCAAGAUGCACAAACAACAGACACCACUGGCGCUGACCAGCCACUAUCAGUAGCACAACCCGCUCCCGAAGUCGACAAUCCUGCCCCUUCCCAGGCCAACGCAGCCGCUGCUGAAAUCGCAGACGACCAAGACGCAUGGGAAGACGAGUCCGACCCCGAAGCGGACGCUGCUCCGCGUGACGACAUGGCCCUUCGCGCAGCCGCCGCCGCAGUUUUCCCUCCACCAAUCGCCCACAUCGCUGCAGACCACGACGACGACCACGACGAUAUCAUCGAAAUUAACGCUGCCGGCGUUGCCGCCAACGCUGCAGCUGACCCAGACAACCCAGACGACCCAGACGCAGAAGUCGGUCUGGCUGAAGAAAUGGAUGGGAUCCUCGAAGCCAUCGGCAUGCGCGGCCCCAUCUUUGGCAUCGUACAGAAUCUUUUCCUUAUGAUCUUCCUUUGCGGGUUUGUCAUGUUGGCGUUUGUCAUGGCGCCCUACGUUGUUGGCAGGGCGCUUGGGUCAGGGCUCGGGUUGGUGAGGGUAUUGGCGAUGCCGGUUAAGCUGUUGAGGUAUGUGACGGAUCCGCUGUUUGAUAGGGUGAUUGCGGUGGGUGCGAAUAAGGUCUGGCCGAGGAUUGCUGGUUUGGUUGGUAUGCAGAGUCAGGGUGAGGUUGCGGUCGUACAGGCUGCCACCGCUGGUGCGAAUGGGUGGUUGCAGAAAGUGCUACCCUCGAUGUUGGUGGCGAAGAAUGCAAGGCAGGUGAUCGCAGAGCAAGCUGCCUCAGCCACGAGAGGUAGCGCUACAGCAGCAAUGCUCGUUCGACUCCUUCCAGCCAGCGUGACUACCUCUUCGCAUUGGAAAUCAGUCUCCGACUCAUUCGACAUUGCUCUCUCCGCCGGCUUCCAAGGUACACUUCACCGCAUUCUCGAUAGUAUCAUCGAUUCCUUUGCCCGUCUCGACGCUCAUCGCAACGGCACAACCACCACCGACCGAAUCUUCUGCGUCGCCUUCGGCCAUUUUUACUGGCUCCUCAUCCUAUUCAUCCACCAACACUUCUCGAAACCCGACCUCCAACGAGCUAUGGCCCAAGAAUCCGCUUUGAAGCUAUACAUCGAUCAGCACGUGCUCAUACUUAAAGCUCUCAGCUUCAUCUUUAUUGAACUUGUCAUCUUCCCGCUGGGUUGCGGAUUGCUCUUUGAUAUCUGCACCCUGCCGUUUCUCGCCGAGGCUAGUGUUUUGGGUUGGCCGGAAAAGGUUAGGACCGCACCGUUGAGUUUUGCAUUUACAAGAUGGAUGGGCGGGACGAUUUAUAUGUUCGUCUUUGCCCAGUACGUUUCCGCGACAAGAAGGGUGUUGAGGCCGGGGGUGUUGUGUUGGAUCAGAGAUCCGAACGAUCCAAGUUUCCACCCGAUCAAGGAGAUUUUGGACAAGAAGAGUUGGACUCAGCUUAGGAAGAUUGCUGCUUCCGCGGUUAUGUAUUCUGCGACCCUGGUUGCUUCGAUUGGAGUCAACACGUAUGCGAUGAGGUAUCUGUUGGGAGGGUUACGUUGGCUACCCUUGAGAUGGAAGCCGUGGGGUGUUGGCGUGGAGGUUCCGGUGGAUUUGUUGAUUGCACAUUUUGUGGUGCCUUGGUUGACCGGUAAGAUGGAUCCGGAGAAGACGGCGGAGAAGGUGAUGGAUGUAUGGUGGGAGACGAUGGCUAGGGGGUUCAGGUUGAGUAGUUACUUGGUAGGGGGGGAAUAUUUGGAUGAGAGGAAAGUGAGGAGGGGCGCGGGAUGCGUGCAAGGGGUGAAGGAUGCGUGGGGUAGGAUGGUUGAUUUUGGGGUGAAGAGGGAGGCUGCGGGAGAGGGGGAAUGGGUGGAAGAUGGAGGGUUGUGUAGGGUCCCAGCUGAUGAUAAGGCUAUUACGACAGGGCCGCUGAUUAUUCCGUUGGAUGCCGAGGGGAAUGCGGUAACGGAGAAGUUGGCUGAGGCGAUAACGAAUCAGGAGACUGAUGCUGAGAAGCAUACUCCAAAACCGACGUAUACCAAUAUCUACCUUCCGUCGCAUUAUCGUGCCCGGAUCGCAGCGGUGUUGACGCUGCUGUGGCUCAGUCAUUCUGCGCUGUUUAUUCUGGGCAUUGGCGUUCCGCUGUCCCUGGGACGUGGGAUUGCAGCGAUGGUCAAGGGCAGGGAAGGAGCGAAGGAGGUUCAUGAUUUCUACUCCUUCACCAUCGGUUUCACCCUCCUAAUGACGACGGUGAGGCUGGUCAAAGGAGCACGAAAGAUGUGGCUUCGUCGAAUCAGGCGUGCUCGAAUGCACAGGACCACUCCCACGGUCUACAUCGCUCUCCAUCUCAUGGUCAAAGUCAAGCGAGUGUUGAAAGCUUUCUUCCUCCUCGUCGGUCUAGCUGGAAUGGUCCCACUCAUCGUCGGCCUCCUUAUCGACCAAUAUGUCGUCGUACCUUUUCGAUACAAGUCCACCCAACUUCCCGUUCUAGCUCUGGGACAAAUCUGGGCUCUGGGCAUCAUCGAAAUGCGUCUACUCUUCUCCAUAGUCAACUUGCUCGGGCGACCUCACCCAGCAAAUCGAAAUCGAGGUCCAAUCGGUUUGUUCAUCGCCGCAAUGAACUAUGUUGUGGCUGGUGGACUCUAUCCCAGGCCAAGAGUGAGGGUUGCUUGGACGAGGAUCGUCCUCCCUCUUGCAUCUGUGGGGGUGGUAUUGCUGUUAGGGCCGAUAGGAGUGGCAGGUUUGUUGGCAGAGAAAGGGUGGGUGAAGGUGGCAAGUGGCGAGGAGGAGCAGUUGCUUCUGAGGAACGUGUAUGGCGUCGUGCAGAGUAUCGUACUGCUUAUCGCGGUGAGGGCUGGUGUGAGGAAAAGGAUGGAUAGUUGGACAGAGUUGUUGAAGGAUGAAGUUUUCUUGGAGAGUACUGAGUUGAAGAACUACGAAGAAAAGGAGGAGAGCCCCAUCAAUGCCGCUGCGGAAGCAACGUUGGUGGACAGGAGCGCAGAUGAGUAUGCGGCUGAAGGAACCUUGCCUGAUGUCAUGUUCCGCUAG